CAAAGAACAAAUUCCACAAAAACUUGAGAGUUAAUGAAUAAAAUUGAUAACCUGGAAUGUUGGAUCAUUUAAACAAAUUGCAUGUAAUAAAAUUAAAAAACAAAAGGAUCAUCUUAAAAGCUUGCAAGAGGUGAGAAGCAAGGCAAUAUAUAAAAGAGAUUCAGUCAAAUACAAAUAUUACCAAAAAUAAUAUGGUAAUAAAAAGAACAUAAUAGGUAUUAACAAUCAAUUACAAAGUAAGGACAUUACAUCUUUUUACUUCAAGGAUUAUUAUUAAGAUGACAAUUUACUAGAUAUAAUUGCACUAUUAAUUAUAAACCCUCUAAUUCUUAUACACGUUUAUUUCCACAGAUAAAGCCAAUAUAAACACUACUUUUAGGCCAAAGGGACUGAUAUUGUUUUUAAAUUAUAAGAUAAUUAACAGCUUAUUAUCUGGGAAAAUCUUGGCAUACACUAAAUGACUGAUAUAACCUCAGAAAUGAUUACAUUCACAAGAAUGUAAAUUAAUAGAAUCAUUAAGAUAAUGGAUUUAUUUCAUUAUAGGCAUAUUUAAAUCAUUCUUCAACAUAAAACACUUCAAGUUAGAAUUAUAAUCAUUAUUAAUUUUUUGCAAUAAAUAUAAUUUUAAUAUUUAAUNUAGCUAGGAAAUGUACUGUGAA